CACAGCAGUCACAGCGUUGGGACCUGCGACACCAUUUGCGUUUCAGUUCGGUACCAGAAUACUAGCCACUUGCUGUAACUGUUUGGCGACGACGAUCGUGUGAGGUGUACAAGUUUUGAAGACCUUGGCAAGCACAGGAGCAAAACUUUUCCGAGUGAGAAAGUCACGUUUGUUCUGUGGCAGCGGUUCAGGGAGUCAGAAAGCCCCCAACAUGGCGUCGGAACGGUACGAGCUCAAUAUGAACAUGAAGUGUGUGAAGUACAUGAUCUUCGUCAUCAGCAUUACGUUCGCGGUAGUGGCCGCGAUGCUGCUGUCGAUGGCUGUGGCCAUCGGUAAUCUGUUCGACGAUUUCCAGAACUUUAUCGACUCACACUUCUUCGUGCCACCGAAUCUGCUCAUUGCCAUCGGCAUCAUUCUGCUGGUGAUUGCUCUGUUCGGGUGUGUCGGUGCGCUGAAGGAAAGCACUGCCAUGAUCAACAUUUAUGGUGUGUUGCUGUUGAGCGUGUUUGUGUUACAGCUGGCGGCAGCCAUUACCGCGUUUGUGAUGCGCGGACAGGUGGAGAUGAUGGUGCGUCAGAAGAUCUUCGAUUCGAUGCGAGACUAUAAGCAGCAGGAAGGUUACCGCAAUCCGAUCGAUAUGCUGCAGAACACGCUUGAAUGUUGCGGUGUUGAUGGAUUUAGCGAUUGGGCACAAUUCUUGCCAUCGGACGGCGUUGUGAUGGAGUACCCGGAAACUUGCUGUGCAGCUCCUCCGGUCGAUGGCGAAUGCAUUCCACGGGAUUACGGUUGCUACUCGCGCCUCUCGUGGCUGAUCUCGCAGGGUUCGGUGCUGAUCGCAACCGGUACGGUUGCCGUCGCGUUCGUGCAGGUUUUGGGAGCCGUCUGUGCGUUCAUGCUGGCCAGCGCAAUUCGUCGGGCAAAGACGCUGCGUGCUACCCGCCGGUGGCAUCUGCAGCAGAGCCUUGGCAUCAUGACCAAGACCAUUGAGCCGCAGUACACGGGCAUGGAGAAAUCGGAGGCUAACGUUGAUCCGGACAAGUAUCUGCCCACUAGCCCGAGCGUCAACUAGGUUGAGUCGCUCCAGACUUAUUGUAGCUGGUUUUACUGAAGUGUAACCUAACUUCUAACUUGAUUGCUUAAACUACGUCUAACAAGUAGUGUUUUUGUGUUGAAUAAAUGUGAUGUAAAGAGUACCGAAUGUAAA